AUGAGUGAAGAAAAAAAUGUUCAAAACCAGAAGAAAAACACUUCCCUGAUCAUCAAUCACUAUGAUGAGCGGCAUAGAAUUAGCUUUGCAUUAAUUCCUUGGUCAAACAUUACAUCAAUUCAAGCUAAUCAAUUUGUUAUGCUCCGAAAAGUUUCAUUUGGACAAAUUCAGGGCAUGUUGUUCGACCAGCUGUUCAAUAGAAAGAAAUCUUUAUGGCUCAACAAAGCUAUGCAUCAGCAACUUUCUAAGUCAUUUAGAAAUCCGUUACUUCUUAUGAUCUGA